AUGCGAUUCCUGCUCCCCAUGAUUGCUCUUUCCAUCCUUCUUAUUCUUCCAUUGUUUCAAGAAGUAGAGGCAGGUUUAGGCUGUGAGCAGAAUUGGCACUCCUUUGGCAGCCAUUGUUACAGACAUUACCUUGGUAAACCUGUUACUUUUGAUGAAGCAGAAGAAAUUUGUAUAAGCAAUGGUGGUCAUUUAGCUUCUAUCAACUCACCAGAGGAGUCAGAUUUCAUAUUAAGUAUAUCUUCUACUGGUGGACAAUUUCCCUUCGAUGGACAGCCAUGGGUUGGAUAUAAAAAAAUUGAUAAGAAAUGGCAAUGGAUUGAUGGCUCAACUGGAGCUGGAGUCAAAUGGGCGCCAGGGGAACCUGAUAAUAAUCGUGGAAACGAGUGGUGUGUUAAGUAUAUUCCUGAUACAGCUAUGGACAACGCAAAGAAAGUUAGAUAUUAUAAGGGAAGAACUAAUGUAUUGAAUGACGUGCCUUGCGAACGUGCAACAACUCGUUUCAUUUGCAAGAAAGCUCAAGCUGAAUUACGAGUGAUGUUAGCACUUCCAGCGAAAAAGCUUGUUGAUGAAUUAGCCUGCGAAGGUGAAGGUUGGAAAGGGCUGAAAAGCACUGGAGCUUGUUAUAAGCAUUUCACUGAAGAAUCUACUACUCAGCCAGGAGCAGAAAAGAAGUGUCAAGAAGAAGGCGGUCAUUUGACAUCAAUUACCACCGAUGAAGAGCUUGCUUUCGUAUCGGAAUUGGCUAAAACUGGAAAAGUUUGUGAGUUUGACGAUCAGCCAUGGGUUGGUUUGGUCAAGUCAAUAUGCGGACAAUGGAGUUGGACUGAUGGAGAAGGCAAAAAAACUGUAGCUUUAUGGGCCCCAGGGGAACCUAAUGGAGAUGAAACUUCCGAUGAAAAAUGUGUCAAAUUAGUGGUCGAUUUGGCUAUUAAUUCAAAGAGCGUGUUUGUCUACGAUAACCAAACCGAUGUCUUGAAUGACGUACCUUGUGAUCGUGCUAGCACUCGAUUUGUUUGUAAAAAAGAAUUAGGAGCAAAGCCUAAAAUACAAACGAGACCACCACUUCCUACCGCAGCUGUUCCUGCUGAUGAAUGCCCAAAAAACGCAGUGAAAGUUGCUAACGAAUGCAUUUGCGAAGAAGGAGCCGUUGAUAUCAGAGAUACAGACUUCCCAGAAAAAGAAAAAUAUGAAUAUGGAGAAGUGUGCAUCCCAAUGAAUCCGUGCAAAGAGGUUCAAGAAGACCUAUCAGUUAUUUUUGUAGUUGAUUCAUCCGGAUCUAUCGGAGAUGAAUGGCAAUAUGUUCUUGAUUUCAUUAAAAAUGCUGCUAGUAUUGUUCCGAAGAAUAGUCAUGUUGGAUUCGUGAAGUUCGCUAGUCAAGUAUCUGCUUCACUAUGGUUAAAAAACCCUUGGACCGAAGAAGAAUUCAUCAAUUCAAUUCCCUCUGAGCACGACAUGGGAUUAACUAACACACCUGCCGCCUUGAAGAGAGCUCUUGAGAUGUUUGAGAAUGACAAGUAUAAAUCAAAAGUUGUUAUUCUGCUUACUGAUGGGAUACCACAAAUCGAAGGAUAUAGUUUGGCUCGAGCCAAUGAGAUGUCAACGACAGCUGCCAAUGAGCUCGAUGAACACGAUAUUAAAUUAUACAUAAUGGGUAUUGGGCAGUACAUUAAAAUUGCUGCAAGUUCUAUCAAAAACUGGGUAAAGCAACCCGAAGAUUAUUUCCCAUACCAUCAGUCUAUUUCGGUUCUAUCGAACUUGCAUAUGAGAAACGUUCUAAUGAAAGUAUGUGAUCAAGACCAAAUUAAAGCAUAUCUCAAUCAUCCAAAAGCUCUCAACUCGAAGUGA